AUGUAUAUCCCCCUCGCAAAACAAGCAAUCAACAAGUGCCGCUGUGAAUAUGUCUUCUGCGAUACACACAAGUCGAUCGACAAACACGACUGCGAAUUCGACUUUGCAAAGAUGGGCAAGGAUAUGUUGACAAAGGCCAACCCAAAGUUGAACGACAAGCCACGGGGCGGUCGCAGCUUCACCCGCAUGGAUUAA